CUUUUCUUCUUCACACAACGUUGAAUACCGUUUAAUAUCGCACGCACGUGGUAAAACUUAUAGAAAUUGAAGUCCGCGUGUAGUCGUGCUGCUAGAAUUUUUUCACAUUUUUUUAUCAAUUAAAUUUUAAAUAAAAAAUAAAUAUGGGUAAACCAGGAUUCUCACCUAGAGGAGGUGGUGGUGGAGGCCGUGGAGGUGGCGGAUUUGGUGGCCGUGGAGGCGGUGGUGGUCGUGGAGGUGGUGGCGGCGGUGGCCGUGGAGGUUUUGGUGGUAGAGGAGGCGGUGGUGGCCGUGGAGGUGGCGGCGGUCGCGGUGGAUUUGGUGGUAGAGGAGGUGGUGGCGGUCGCGGUGGUGGCCGUGGAGGUGGCGGACGUGGUGGUGGCCGCGGUGGCGGUGCUGGAGGCUUCAAAGGUGGCAAAACAGUUGUUAUUGAGCCCCAUCGUCAUGAAGGUGUUUUCAUUGCUCGUGGCAAGGAAGAUGCUUUGGUUACACGCAAUUUCGUACCUGGCUCCGAAGUUUAUGGAGAAAAACGUAUUUCAGUCGAAACAAAUGGUGAGAAAGUUGAAUACAGAGUAUGGAAUCCUUUCCGUUCUAAGUUAGCCGCUGCCAUCUUGGGUGGUGUUGACAAAAUACACAUGCCUCCUGGUUCUAAAGUAUUGUACUUGGGUGGUGCCUCUGGUACAACAGUCUCCCAUGUGUCUGAUAUUGUUGGCCCUGAAGGUUUGGUCUAUGCCGUCGAAUUCUCCCACCGUUCUGGUCGUGAUUUAAUUAACGUAGCAAAGAAACGUACAAACAUUAUACCCAUCAUUGAAGAUGCUCGUCAUCCCCACAAAUAUCGCAUGCUCGUCGGUAUGGUCGACACCAUAUUCGCUGAUGUUGCCCAACCCGAUCAAGGUCGUAUUGUAGCUUUGAAUGCCCAACAUUUCCUUAAGAAUGGUGGCCAUUUCGUUAUUUCCAUCAAAGCCUCUUGUAUCGAUUCGACCGCCCAGCCUGAAGCUGUAUUCGCUGCUGAAGUCAAAAAGAUGCAAGCUGAUAAAUUGAAACCCCAGGAACAGAUUACACUUGAACCUUAUGAACGUGAUCACGCUGUAGUCGUUGGUGUUUAUAGACCGCCUCCUAAGAGCUCAUAAGCAUUUGAUCGAGGCCAUAGCCUCAAUUAGCUUUGGAAUUAUAUUUUUUAACUGAUACAAAACUCUAGAUUUAAGUAUUCCUUUUACUUUUUAUUAAUAUACGUUUUUUUCCUAAUUUUGCAAAGUUUUUAUAUUAAGUUAAUAUAAAAGAAAAACUAUAUACAAUAAAAAAUGAACUUGUAGAAUCAAGUUAACAAAAAAAAAA